GCCCGGCGAGGGGCGGGGCUCCGGCCGCGAAAGCGGCGGUCGCCGCCCGCAUCUGAGGAUCCGAGGCGCGCGGCCGGAAACCGCAAGGCACCUGGCCGGCGGCGGGAGCCCCUGGGGCAGUCGCACAGGCAUCGACCGCCCCCUCGGCAGGUUCCCUGCCCUCCGCCGGGACGCGGGAGGGCCCGGUGCGCGACGGGGGCGCGAGGUGGGGCCGGCGGGGGCGGCCAAUGCGAAACUGGCUGGUGCUGCUGGGCCCGUGCGUGCUCGGGGCGGCGCUGCACCUCUGGCUGCGGCUGCGCUCCCCGCCGCCCGCGCGCGCCUCCGCCGUGUCCCCCGCAGAUCCACUGGCCCCAUCUCCUCCGGGGAAAUACAGCCACUACGACGUGGUAGUUGGCGUGUUGUCAGCCCGCAAUAACCAUGAGCUGCGAAACGUGAUCCGGAGCACCUGGCUGAAGCACUCACGCCAGCACCCCGCACUCAGUCAGCGGGUGCUGGUCAAGUUCAUCAUCGGCGCCCGGGGCUGCGAGGUGCCCGUGGAGGACCGGGAGGACCCCUACUCCUGCCGGCUGCUCAACAUCUCGGACCCGGUUUUGAACCAGGAAAUCGAGGCGUUCACUUUCCCUGAAGACACGCCCGCGGGCUUCUCGAAGGACCGCGUCGUCAGCGUGAGCUUCCGCGUGCUGCACCCCAUCGUGAUCACCAGCCUCGGGGUGCUGGGCGGUGCCAGCGACGUGGGCUUCCAGAGGAACAUCACCGUCAAGCUGUACCAGGCCGAGCAGGAGGAGGCCCUCUUCGUCGCUCGCUUUAGCCCCCCGAGCUGUGGCGUGCAGGUGAGCAGGCUGUGGUACAAGCCCGUGGAGCAGUUCGUCUUACCGGAGAGCUUUGAAGGCACGAUCGUGUGGGAGAGCCAAGACCUGCAGGGCCUGGAGUCCAGAGAUCUCCGCAGCGUGGCCGUCCAUGACGGGGGCGGGGUCCUCAGGGUCACCACGGCCGGGGAGGCGGCGUGGCCUCCUGAACUCACGGACGGUGUGGAGGGCGUGGCCGGCGGCUUCAUUUAUACGAUUCAGGAAGGUGAUGCUCUCCUACAAAACCUCCACUCGCGCCCCGGACGACGCGCUGACCACCUGAGGAACCUCCGCGAGGAGGACGCCUUGCUGCAGGAGGAGAGCCGCCGCCACGGCGAUAUUGUCUUCGUGGACGUCGUGGACACCUACCGGAACGUUCCCGCCAAGCUGCUGAACUUCUACAAGUGGACCGUGGGAGCCACCAGCUUUGAUUUGUUGCUGAAGACGGACGACGACUGCUACAUAGACCUGGAAGCCGUGUUCCACAGGGUCGCCCACGGCACCCUGCAGGGCCCGAGUGUCUGGUGGGGAAAUUUCAGGCUGAACUGGGCCGUGGACCGGACGGGGAAGUGGCAGGAGCUGGAGUACCCGAGCCCUGCGUACCCUGCCUUUGCGUGCGGCUCGGGGUACGUGGUCUCCCGGGACAUCGUCCACUGGCUGGCCAGCAACGCGGGCAGGCUGAAGACCUACCAGGGUGAAGAUGUGAGCAUGGGCAUAUGGAUGGCGGCCAUAGGACCUAAAAGAUACCAGGACAGCCUGUGGCUGUGUGAGAAGACCUGUGAGACGGGGAUGCUGUCCUCCCCGCAGUACUCCCCACAGGAGCUCGCGGACCUGUGGCGGCUGAAGGAGCUGUGCGGUGACCCUUGCCAGUGUGAGGCCAGAUGAAGAGUAAAACUGUAAGGACUGCUGGUCAUUCUCUAGCUCAAUCUCUCGGCCCGGCAUCUGAAGUCG